AUGAGGAUAUUUAUAAACAACGUAAACACUUACUCAGGGAUUGCUCUUGCAAGAACACUAAGACAAGGAGAAGGGGGUUUAAAUCGUUUGUUUGGCACUGCAAAAGGGGUAGAAGAAGGCCCGAAGCAGCAGCCCCACACCCCCAGCAGCAGCAGCAGCAGCAGCAGCAGCAGCAGCAGCAGCAGCAGCAGCAGCAGCACGCAAAGCAUACCUGUGCCUGCAUGCAUUCGUAGAGUUAUAUCUAAGAGGAACCCGCAGCAGCUACUACAAAAUAUACUUACGUGUAGCUUAGCAGUCUUUGAUUUGCAUAAUAGCGAACCUGAAGAAAUUGAAAUAAUUUUAAAAAGAAUUAAAGCUGCUAAUAUACAACACCCUCUGACUGUUAUUCUUAUUUCUUCUGUUCUCACCUGGGGCGCAACCCCAAAACAGUACACCAGCAGCAGUAGCAGCAGCAACAACAGCAGCAACAGCAGCAGCAGCAGCAACUCGGACGGUCAAGAGACAGACGAUGGCGCUGCUUCUGCUGCAUCAACAGCAGCACCGCAGCAGCAGCAGCAGCAAGACAUCAAUGGGGACAGCGAUUAUCAAGAAGAAGAGGACUCCGAAGGAGUAGAAAAAGAGACAGAAGAUGACGCCAGCAGCAGCAGCAGCAGCAGCACAAGCAGCAGCAGCACGAGCAGCAGCAGCACGAGCAGCAGCAGCACAAGCACAAGCAGCAGCAGCAGCAGCAGCAGCAGCAAGAGCCGCAUACCUGUCCCCUUCUCUCAAGACCGCUACACCAUAAGGGUGCCUCUUAAGCAGUAUGAAGGUUGGAAGUGCAUCGAAACUUUGCUGCUGUCUCUAAAUUCUAAGACGAAUUUCGUCGGUGUUGUUGUUGCUGCUGGAGUUUUGUAUGGAUACGGAGAAGAUGUAUUAUACGAACCCUUCAAAGCAGCAUGGCUGGGCCUCAAUACAAACGCAACCAUCGACGAGAGCAGCAAAGAAAACACAAAAGAAAGCAGCAAUAACUACUAUCAUAUUGCUGUAGAUUUAAGCAGAAUUACUCAAAGACAAAUAAUAGAAGCAAUAGAGACAGAAGUAGGAGAGGGUUUGCAGCUCGCUGCUGCUGGUGCUGCAGCAGCAACAACAAAAGAAGCAGCAGCACUCAUACCGCAGCAACAAGCAGCAGCACUUCUUCUUGAUCUUUCUUUCUUACCUUCUCCUUUAAUGCAAACAAAGACAUUUAAAUGGAGCUCUCAAAAAGGCAUAAUUUACAACAUCAAACAAAUUGCAAAAGAAUUCGUUGCAGCAAGAAGACUGCAGCAAAUUAAAGUUCUCGUUAUCGGCCCCCCAGGGAGCGGAAAAACAGAAUUAAGUAAACGUUUAGCGCUGCAGCUAAACGUCCGUUUGCUGCAGCUGCAGCAAGAGCAGCAGCAGCAGCAGCAGCAGCAGAGUAUGAGGGCUAGGGAAGGAGAGCGUGUUGGUGCAGCAACAGCUUCGGGUGUAUCUUCAGAGGAUCUGAAAAAGAAAGGAAAAAAACCAGCAGCAGCAGCAGCAGCAGGAACAGCAGCAACAGGAACAGCAGCAGGAGGAACAGCUGCAGCAGGACCAGCAGCAGGAGCAGCAGGAGGAAGGAAGUGGCGCUGUUCUGUUGAUGCUUCUUUCAAACAAUUAAAAACAGCUCUACAACAAAAUGUCUGCAGAUAUAGAGGCUUUAUCCUUGAUGGCGUUGUAUCGUCUUAUGAAGACUGUAAAAAUCUCUUUCUUUCUCCUCAGAAACAACCCGAAGAAAACGCAGAAACAGCAGCAGCAGCAGGAGCAGCAGCAGCAGGAUCUGAUGCAGCAGCAGCAGGAGCAGCAGCAGCAGGACCUGACGUAACAGCAGCAGCAGGAGCAGCAGGAGAAGGCGAAGAAGCAGCAGGGGUUGUUGCUGCUGCUUCAUACAUGCCUCAGUUUGUUAUUAGUCUUAGAGCCUCCGAAGAGCUUU